AUGGAGCUCCAGCCGCUGCGCCAGCUCGACGCCUCGCGCUACGGCAGCGUGCCGGAGACCGCCGCCGCUAGCGCCAAAGCGGCGUCCGACGCCAAGCAGCUCAAUAUCUUUGGCAAUGCGCGCGACAUCGAGCGCAUCAGUCGCCACCUGGACAAUGGCAACCUCGGCGCCGCCAUCGACAGCUUCAUGGCGCUCGUGUCCGUCGUCUUCGCCGGCACGUACGUCGCCAACACGUACAUCCCGUACAACGACAUGCCGCACUCGAUCUGGGUGGUCGAGGUGAUCUGCGCGGCGCUGUUCACGCUUGACUUCGCCUACCGCGGCGUGUAUCUCUCGGCCAGUCGUCGCAAAGAGUUUCUGCUCUCGAUGCCAGCGCUCGUCAACUUUGUGAUCAUUGUUCCGGUGCUUCCAGCAUCCUUCUUCAUCCGCUACCACACGUACUGGUAUGGCGAGUCAUGGUGGCGCUUUGUCUACCCUGUGCGAUUCGCCAUGUGCUAUCUGACGGGCAAGGCGGUGCUGAGCCGCUGCCAUGCGUACUUGAACCCGGUGCGCCAGUUCGCGUUCCUGUGCUACCUGCAGAUUGCAUGCAUCUUGCUUGGAGCUGCUGGCAUCAUUCAGAUUGCUGAGACGAUGGACGGCACGCUGUCUGUGAAGAACCUUGGCGAGUGGACCUUCUUCAACUCGUUCUUCAACUCCGUCAUGACAUUCGUGACGAUCGACAAGCCGCCGUCGGAGAACAACCUGUCCAAGAUCUUCGUGGGCAUGCUCGUCUGCAUCUUCAUCCUGGUCAUCCCGUAUCAGAUCUCGAACGUUAUGGACCUGAGCAACUCUGUCUCGGCGUACGAGGAAGCCAGCUACAAGCCGUCGUCGAAUAGCCACCAUGUUGUGCUGUGUGGAGACCUCACAGCGUCCCGUAUCAGCCACUUCUUCCACGAGAUUUUCCACAACGACCACGAUUUCGUUGGCGUCCACGUGAUUGUACUGAGUGAGGACCCUCCGGCUACGUCGCUCAAAGCGCUGCUACUGGACCCGUUCUUUGCGAAGCGCGUGUGGUUUAUCCAGGGUUCGCUGCUCGACAUUGACGAUGCCAAGCGCGCUGCAUGUGACUCUGCUGAGGCCAUCUUCAUUUUGACCAACCGCAAGGGUGACGAGGAGUUUUCGGUCAGUGACCACCGCACGUUGAUGCGCGUGCUUGCCGCUAAACGCCAAGCCCCCAAGGCGCGCAUCUUCGCGCAACUUCAUCGGUCUAUUCACUGCCAGCUAGUCCGCGAUAUUGGCGUUCAGAAUGUGCUUUGCCUCUCGGAGGUGGCGCUGUCACUGCUGGGCCAAAACUGCAUUUGCCCUGGCUUCUCGACGUUCAUGUACAGCCUGACAUCGACUUCAAGCUUCGACGACGAUAACGACGAAGGACUCGGAAGCGACGCAAAGCGUUCCAACAGAACGCAGGCGAUCGAUAACGGCGAAGGCUCGUGGCUGGCGUCUUUGGCGUACUCGCACUGCAAUGGAAUCAUCGUCUUUGCUGUUGCCGAUGGUCCAAGAGGCAAGGUGAUCCUCAAUCCUGGCGAUACGUAUACGUGUGUGGGUGGUGAGACCGCAUACGUUAUUGCUCAAACUCAAGCUGAUGCCAGCGCGCUGACUGAAAUGUCCCCGAAUUUCGGAGACUACGAAACCCCGGAGCCUGAAAAGGAGUCUGAGGUAGAUCAGGUCCGCGAGGAAGCCCCCGUCAAAAAGGCCUCGAAGACCGCCAAAGACGUGGUUAUCCAUGACGUUGAAGAGCUUGGCUUCGGGGUUGCUCCGAUCGUGAUUUGUGUGACUACCGAGACGGCAUUUUCCAAUGACUUGGAGCACCUGAUCGGACCGCUGCGUACUCGUUCGCUGAAGCAGUACCACCCGAUCGUGAUCCUGACAGCGAAGCUUCCGGACGAAGAUAUUUACGACGGCUUCAGCCACUUCCCGGACGUGCAUUUCGUCAUUGGAGACCCGUAUCACCACAAAAGCCUGAACCGCGCCGGUGUUUCCGACGCCCAUCGCGUGAUUAUCUUGGGUAUCUCGACUUCUGCAUCGGACAACGACUCCGAACUGCUUCAAGACGCGGAAUCGAUUGCACUGCACAAGUUUAUCACGAGCUUCAUCGGAACGUGGAAGGCGCCGCGAGUCAUCAUGGAGGUUGGGAAUCGCGCCAGCGUGCACUUCGUGGCGCAGAACCUGUUGGCCAACGGCUGGUUCUCUGGGCCUGACGGCAGCAAUGAGCUCACCAUGUUCUCGUCGUCGGAGACGUUCUCGCGCAACUUCUUCCUGUCUCCAGCGUUCACGUCCGGCUUGACGUACAGCUGGUCGCUGUGUGACAGUCUGCUCAUCAACCAGUUCUUCAACGGCCGCAUCAAGAACAUCCUGGGCGAGUUCAUGUUCAGCUCUCGGGCGAGUGACGCGUGGGCCCAUUUGCGUGGAGACAAGUCCAAGCCAGAGCUCCACCGCAGCUCUCUGUUUGCCGUCGAGGUACCGCUGGACUUUGUCGGUCGCUCGUUCGAGUACGUCUUCCACUACCUGCUGUCGUCGGAUGACAUUCUCGUGAUCGGUCUCUAUCGCUGCCACCCUUACAUGAACGUUAUGGACGAGAAGGAGCCAAAGCCGCGCAUUGAAGUGCCCGAGAAGGAGCGCAGCGUGCCGUUCGGCUACGUGUACGUGAACCCCCAGCCGUUUGAAGUCGUCACGGGCGACGAUCUGCUCUACGUUCUAUCCGACAAACAACCCUGCUGGGCCGAAACUCAAUCCGCGUAG